AUGAGCUCUCAAACUUCACCUGAGCAGCGAUACGAUGCCAACGAAAUAUCUACGCUCGAUCCGAAAAAAGGAGAGCGCAAGUAUAGCAUCUUGAUCAUCAACCCCAACACCUCGACGCACAUGACGGAAGCAUUAAAGCCAAUCCUGGCGAGCAUGAACUACACCGAUGUGCGUUUUGAAUACUUCACUGCUCCAAAUGCCCCCAUCGAGGUCAACGGAGUCCAGAUUGAACCAAUCGCCAGUAUCAACAACGCUGAAGAAUCCUGUCGCUCAGCAUUGAACUGCUGGCCUGUACGGGACCUAGUUCCAUAUCACGACGCCUUUUUGGUAGCAUGCUACUCCGCGCACCCAUUUGUUGGCCAGUUGAGGCAAGAUAUUCAGUCAAUAGAGGAGAACGACCCUUCAACGCGAAACAAAUAUGUUACUGGCAUUUUUGAAGCAUCUAUCACCGCUGCUCUUUCCUUGGUCAGUGGAUUUGCCUUGGAAGAGCCAAUCAAUCCCGCAGAGAAACUGCGCAAAUACCAAGAGAAGGGUAGUUUCGGCAUCGUCACGACGGGCGCCGCGUGGAAGGAUGAACUCAUCCACGGUGUCCAGGGUGCACUGGGAUACAGGGGUCAAGAUGAGAGCUCAAUGCACUUUGCCGGUGUUGAGACUACUGGCUUGACAGCCGUCGAACUACACACUACUGCCCCUGAAGAAGUACGACGGAGGAUCAUCGAGGCCACUCGCAAUCUACUGCGGAGCUCUGAGACUCGUGUCAAGGUUGUUUGUCUAGGCUGCGCGGGUAUGGCGGGCAUGGAAGAAGCGGUGCGAGAAGGAUGUGAGCGGGAAUAUGGAAUUCCGGAGGGUGGUCGAGUUCGCAUUGUAGAUGGAGUGGUUGCAGGCGCAGGAAACCUCAUUACGGCUUUGAAAGCUAGGUUUUGA